AUGACAUGGGAGCUGCAGGUGUCAAGUCCAUUUUGUGGCCGUCGAACACGAUUUAGAGUGGAUCUCCACUUCGCGGUCGUCCUCUCUGAGUUGGACCUGCGUAUUUCUGGAACGAUUUCUGGACGUGUAUAUUUUGAAAGUUAUGGUGCUUGUGAUGACGUUGAAAGGGAAUUUGAUGAGAUUGAACGUAAUGAGAUGCGACAACAACAAGCAUCAAGAAUUCCAACACCUAGCUCUAGAAAGGGAGUUGGAAAACAAGUCAAGGGAUUACAAUCCUUUUUUCCACCGGCAGCAACACCUGGAGCUCAACCAAGUAUUAAAAGUGUUCUCCAAAGCAAAGAAAUUGUGGAGAAGUGUGAUAUUGCUAUUGCAAGAUGGAUGAUGGAUGCCUCUGUGCCAUUCAAUGCGGUUAAUUCAGCUUAUUAUCAGCCGAUGAUUGAUGCUAUUGCAAACAUGGGUGCAGGGUAUAAAGGGCCUAAUUACCAAAGAGUUCGUGGAUAUUUGUUGAGUAAAUUGGUUGAAGAUGUAAAGAAGAUGAUUGAAGGUUAUCGUGUGAUUUGGAAACAAACUGGAUGUACUAUCAUGGCUGAUGGAUGGACUGAUCGUUGUAGACGUACUUUAAUUAAUUUCUUAGUUUAUUGCCCUAAAGGAACUAUUUUCCUAAAGUCAGUUGAUGCUUUUCAUAUCUCGAAAACUGCUGAGGCUUUGUUUAAGUUGCUUAGGGAUGUUGUGUUAUUUGUUGGUCCUGAGAAUGUUGUACAUGUAGUGACGGAUAAUGCUGCAAAUUACGUUGCUGCUGGAAGGUUGUUGGAAUCGGAGUUUCCUAGAUUGUAUUGGUCUCCUUGUGCGGCACAUUGUAUUAAUCUGAUGUUGCAGGAUAUUGGGAAGUUUGUGGAAGUGACUGAAACUGUGUCACAAGCUUCAAUGAUUACGAAAUAUAUCUAUAAUCACUGCCAUCCUUUGUACUUGAUGAGGCAGUUCACAGGCGGCCGAGAAAUACUUCGUCCAGCUCCAACUCGAUUCGCCACUAAUUUUAUUGCUUUGCAAAGUAUUUUGGCUCAAAAGGAUGCAUUGAGAGCUAUGCUUACGGAGCCACUUGUUCAUGUAUUGCGUAUUGUGGAUAGUGAAGAUAGAGCUGCAAUGGGUUUCCUUUAUCAAGCUAUGUAUAAGGCUAGGGAAGACAUGGUGAAGAGGUUUCAAAAAAGAAAGAGGGUUGUUGAACCUUAUUUGAAGAUUUUAGAUUCACGUUGGGAUUUACAACUUAAAAGAAACCUUCAUGCUGCUGGUUAUUGGUUAAAUCCAGCUUUUCGAUUUAAUUAUGCAGAAUUUGACAAGCACAAAGACACAAUUUCUGGCCUACUAGAUGUGAUUGAGAGGUAUGCUUACGGUGAUGCUGAUUUGAUUACUAAAUUGACAAGUGAGAAGAGAAUAUUUAAGAAUGCUGAAGGAGACUUUGGGAGACAGUCUGCAAUACGUGAGCGAAGCACUGUGAUGCCUGAUCAAUGGUGGGAAUCUUAUGGAUGUGGAGCACCAAACCUGCAAAAGUUAGCAAUUCGUGUUUUGAGUCAAACUUGCAGUUCUUCAGGUUGUGAGCGUAACUGGAGCAUUUUCGAACACAUUCACUCAAAGAAAAGGAAUCGGUUAGAGCAUCAAAAGCUUAAUGAUCUUGUUUAUGUUCAUUACAACUUAAGGCUACAACAAAGGAACCGAAUGAGAAAGCAAAGUUAUGAUCCAAUUUGUCUUGAUGCAUUUGAGGAUCAUUCGGAAUGGAUAAUGGAAGAUUCACCACCAUUUUUAACUCCUGAAGAAGUUGAUGCUUUACGGAAUGAUCUUGCAAAUAUGUCUCUUCAAUCAACUUUAGAUGAUUUGGAUGAAUUGAAUCUGGAAGAUGAUCGAGAUGAUGGUGAAGCUAAUAAUACUUCUGUGAAAAAUGCAAAUCAGAAUGAAACCAAUCAGGAUGUAGCUCCAGAUUUGUUAGAUGAAGAAAGAUUUCCAGACUUUGAAGUUACUCCUUGGAUAUAA